AUGCGACUCGUUUUCUAUUGCCAAGCUCUCUGGAAUUUUUCCAUCGGACUCGUCAAAAUCUCAGUCGCCCUUCUCUUGCUCCGCAUCAAGCAGACACGUCCCUGGCGCAUCUUCCUGUCUUUUACAAUCGUACUACUCAUCCUCACGACUAUAACCUCGACGCUGUUUCAGUUCCUGCAAUGCCGGCCAUUCAGCAUAUACUGGGAUCCCAGCAUCUUUUUGACGCAGAAAGUGGAGUGCUUGCCGCAAAAAGCCAUCGUUGGGAACAUCGUUGCGGCGAGCGCUGUGCACAUCUCGACCGACCUCAUAUUCUCGCUGAUACCGAUAACCUUUAUCCGGAAACUACAGCGGCCGCGUGGCGAAAAGAUCUUCCUUGGUGUUCUGAUGGGCCUUGGGCUGUUCGCUUCAUCCUUCGCUAUCCUGCGUACUGUCAAGGCCAGCAUGAUACCACCGGGUGGUGACACCUUUUUCAUGACAGUCGCACCUACACUGUGGUCGAUGCUGGAACUCGAGCUUGCGUUGAUCGCUGCCACGAUACCAACGCUCAAGGGUAUUAUGCAGCGUAGCCUCGUAAGGACCGGUCACUACUUCUACGAUGAGAAGACCGAGACCCAAGUGCGAAACCGGCUUGUGGACCUGGGAUUCCUAGGCCCGAACAGCGACGAGUUUGUAGAGAUGGGGCGGAAAAGGUCGAAACCGGAUAUGACUGAUGAGGUUGUGACGUUCGGGAGUGGUUCGAAGCCGCGGAAAGCGAAAGACAUGUAUAGGUUCUCGGUGGAUGAGCUUACUCUGGUGGAGAGUGAGUGCCACGCGACAACCCGAGAUUUGCGUGCGUUCGGGCCCUGA